AUGGCUGCAACAAUCCUUUCCCACUUAAUACUAACGGUGAUUUCGCUCAUACUGGUCUCGGUCGCUUCCAACAUCAUCAGGCAGCUCUUCUAUCGGGAUCCUCACAAACCACCGGUUGUCUGGCAUUGGUUUCCACUGAUAGGCAAUACCGUGGACUAUGGGAAAGACCCUUACAAGUUCUUCUUCAAGUGCCGGGAAAAGUAUGGCGACUAUUUCACUUUCGAGCUCCUGGGCAUGAAGACCACCGUUUUCCUAGGUGCUAAAGGCAAUGACUUCAUUCUCAACGGCAAGCAUAAGGAUCUCAAUGCUGAAGAAGUUUAUGGACCUUUGACAGUACCGGUCUUCGGUCGUGGUGUGGUGUAUGACGUCGAAAAUGCUCGUUUCAUGGACCAGAAGAGGCUUCUUGUCGGAGGCUUCACCAGUCAAAAUCUGCGAGCAUAUGUCCCCGAAUUUGUCAGGGAAGUCGAGCAGUAUUUGAAGGCCAAUGUGGCAUUCCGUGGUGAAGGCGGAGUCUGCGACGUAUCAUCUGUCUUCUCCGAGAUCUCUCUUUAUACUGCUGCUGGCUCAUUACAAGGCAAGGAGGUCCGAGACUCGUUCGAUUCAACCUUUGCAACAUACUACCGUCACCUCGAUGAUGGUUUUGCGCCGGUCAAUUUCAUGUUUCCCUGGCUGCCAAUACCCAUCAAUCGACGGCGCGACCGUGCCCAGAAAGUGAUGGCUGGCCUGUACACGGAUAUCAUCAGGAGGAGGAGAACGACGGGCAAUGAGACGGAUAGCCACGACAUGCUCUGGGCGUUGAUGGAUGCCCGGUACAAGGACGGCACGGCGAUACCUGAUGAGGAAAUCGCCAAUCUCAUGAUAGCUCUCCUGAUGGGUGGUCAGCACAACACGGCAGCAUCGGGUACAUGGGUCAUGCUUCAUCUAGCCCAUCGACCACAUCUAAUCGAAGAGCUGUAUCAAGAGCAAAAGGAUGUGAUGGGUAGCGAGAGCCUCACCCUCGAAUCCCUACAGAAACUCACCCUUCAUAACAACGUGAUCAAAGAGACGCUCCGACUACACAGCCCUAUCCACUCGAUCAUGCGAAAGGUCAAGACACCGAUGCAGAUUCCCGACACAGAUGUCGUCGUCCCAGCAGGUCAUAUUCUUCUUGCUGCGCCGGGAGUGCCUUCUCGAACCGAGGAAUUCUUUCCUAACGCAAUGGAGUGGAAUGCUCACCGAUGGGACAAGCAGGAGCAGGACGAGAAUGAGGAAGGUGACACGAUCGACUAUGGCUAUGGGGCUGUCUCCUCGAAGGCGGCAUACAGUCCUUAUCUCCCGUUUGGUGCGGGCCGACACCGUUGCGUUGGUGAGACUUUCGCUUAUGCGCAGCUGGGCGCGAUACUGGCUACAUUGGUGAGGCUAUUGCAAUGGGAGCAGGUCGAUCCUAAGGCUCCUGUCCCGGAGACUGAUUACUCGUCAAUGUUCUCCCGGCCAAUGCAUCCUGCCACAAUACGUUGGAGACGCCGCCCAUAA